GAUCGACGCAUUCCUCGUUCUCUCUACAAUACAAGCUGAAGACAACCACAACAAACACGUUACGAUCAUGGCCGAACGUGAUCUAAACGUGAUCAUAACGUGACCAUGUCGCGACUCAGACGCGAUCGUGAGCCGGAAGCAGGCUGGCAUAUAUAACUCUGGGUGUUUACGCUCAACACGGCUCAUUCGCCCCUUCCCCCCUCUUCCCUCAUCCACCACCACCCUCCACCGAACUUCAUAUACUGGUAGCAUAAAGAUCCUAGUGUCGUCUGAGUACCAUCAAACACAUCUUCUUCUCCCUUCUUCCCUCCCCUCCCCCCUGCUCCUGGUCGGCUGCUAUCAAUGCCUGACACGCACCUCACUUACUUAAACGACUGUCGUCGAUGGACACUGCACUUCUACUCACAUUCCAAGUCCCCAGACAUGAACCGAACUCACCUCUCUCGCGACUAUAACUACUGCAUGUAUGUUCACCGUACUACAUCAGACUGUCACUUGGCCUCGUCACCAUCGGCAUUUAGGUUCUUUCAGAAGUACUUAUCCUUGCUCAAGAUUCCCUAUAACCAAUUGUAUUCACCGCAAACAAUCAGCGCUGGCCGUCCCUAGCCACUCCUCCGCACCCUAUCCUCUCACAAGAGCUUCUCAAGUGUGACAGGCCGAAUGUCGCCAAGGAGAUCUGCCUUUUGUAGCCACACGACCCCUGUCGAUCUGCAUGAACCGAACUCACCUCUCUCGCGACUAUAACUACUGCAUCCCUGUCAGCGGCGCAAUCCCCACCGGCCCUCACAAAGCAUGGGAUCCGUCUCAGAAGCAUCCAUCGCCAAGCUAUGGGGAAUUGUCGAUCCCUGCGAGUACGUGGCACAUGUCUAUCUUCCUUGAACAGCCGUACGUUGACGACACACACCGCAUCCACUCUGAACAUCCACCACCACUGUCCAGGCAUGAGAUAUCUACUGGAUUUACAUCUCUCGCUGUCACAAUCACAGCACGUAUAAGUACUCCAUAUCACAGGUACACACACCACUGGCUUUUCGUAAUGCACUUGCCACCAACGAUCAGCGCUGGUCCUCGGUAGCCUCUCCUCUGCACCCCAUCCUCUUACAAGAACUUUCCCUCUGGCGGAACCCACCGUAUUUCGCCAAAGAGAUUCUAUGAACGUAUUCUGCAUUCUCAUCUCACAUUGAUAUGACUACGACCCCCAUUCACAUGAGCACCUCCUUGAACAACUGUUGUGAAACAUGCGCCUCACUCUCUUCUUUGUGCACCCCAUCCGCAGUACAUCCCGACCGCCCAUGUGUACCCCUAAACCGCUCCUUCCCCCCCUUCCACCAUCCACCACCAUCUGCCAAUGAAUGCCUAC